CACAGACGGACCAAAUAAAAGCUCUGAAGCGCCAAACAAGCAGAGCUGAAACUGAAAUAUUUACUGUCUAAACUAAAAAGAUGAAGUUUAGAGGGAAGAUCGUGGAUAUCGCCUGUCUGAACCAUUUCACACGAGUCAUCACCACCAUCUCAAAGCUGACGAAGAUGUGCGUCCUGCGACUGACUCCAGACAACCUGUACUUCGUACUUUCUGGUAAAGUGGCCAACGGAGGAGUCAGCAUGUGGUGUGAACUGUCGCAGGCUAACUUCUUUGAUGAGUACCAGAUGGAGGGCGUGUCCUCCGAGGCCAAUGAGAUCUGUUUGGAGGUGACUCCAGAGAACCUGUCCAGAGCCCUGAAGACGGUCCAGAGCGCCAAAGCUGUCAAAAUCAAACUGACCAAAAAGCACUGCCCCUGCCUCACCAUCGCCGCUGAGCUGCCAACCCUGUCCAGCAUCAGCCGUGUCGUCACCCAUGACGUCCCAGUAGACGUUAUCCCUCGUCGGCUCUGGCACGAGUUCAAAGAACCAAGCAUGCCAGACUUUGACGUCAGUAUCUACCUGCCUGCUCUGAAGACCAUGAAGAACAUUGUGGACAGAAUGAAGAACCUCUCCAACUUCCUGGUAAUAGAGGCCAACCUGAACGGAGAGAUGAACCUGAAGAUUGAGACAGACCUGGUUUCUGUCACCACUCACUUCAAAGACCUGGGAAAUCCUCCAUGGGGUGAUGACGCCUCCCAGGACGGCGGUCCGUCUCAGAGCAGAGACCCAGACGACAUGGCCCAGGCCAGAGUGGACAUCAGGAAGCUGCAGCAGUUCCUCAUGGGACAGCAGGUCAACCCCAGCAAGGCCAUGUGCAAUAUCGUCCAUCAGAGGAUCCUCCACCUGAUUCUGCUGCAUGAAGACGUUUCGCUGCAGUAUUUUAUCCCUGCGGUGGCGUAGACGCUCUGCAGACAAGU